UAAGGUGGGGGGGGGUGAUAGGUCAAAGUAUAGGUACACGCAGUACUCGAAAUAGAUCGAGCAAAGUGAAAGAAACAUUUUCGCAGUGGAGUAAAAUCAUUGUGCGGAGUAUCUAUCUUAGAUAGAUACAAUGUAUUUAAAAUUUUUCAUUAUCCAAUCUUCUUGUAUUAUAUGUGCGUGAAAGAUGUAAACGAUAUAAACGAGCAAAGUGAACGAAAGAAAAAAGAAAGAAAUUAAAUAAAUAAAUAGUGAAAAAAAGGAGAUAUGUUUUUGUGUACGGGAUAAAAACUUUGACCUUUGUUAGAUUACAUUCAAUAGUGAAUUAAAUGAAAUCGAGUAAAAUAACGAAAGAGUUGCUGCUUACGUAUGAAUCCUAUUAACGUUUGAUUGGAUUAAAAUUCGUUAUGUAUAAUGAUUUUGUUUGAAUCAUAAUCGUUUUGAUAGAACGACGCUUUGGAUAACGAACUAUAAUUCGAAAAAUAACAUUACGCUUUGAUCUUAUUUUACCUUUAACCUAUCUCUAUCCUUAUCUCUCUCUCUCUCUCUUUUUAUUUAUCUAUCUAUCUAUCUAUCUAUCUAUCUAUUUACCUUUCUCAUUGCGAAAUAGACGGAAGGAGGGGGUGCGGAGUGACGGGAGUGGUGGAGAAAAAAAGAAAAAAACAACAACCUGAUAGGAAUACGAAAGAAGAAAAUGGAAGAGGAAUAUUAUCGUAAUCUUUGUUCAUCGGAGACCCUACGUUCUGGGAAAAAGGGUUUCUUUCAUGAUUUUACCGAUUACGCGAUAAACGCCGUUGGCGAUAUAUGGAUCGAAAAGAUCUUCGGACGUAUCGAUAACGAUGUCGAUCGUUUAAAGUGCAUUUACACCGACGAGAAACUCAACGACGUAAUACGCGGUACUUUGACCAAUGUUAAACUACUUUAUAGAGACAAAGACGCAAAUAUAUCAAGGGUCAAAAGACUUGAGGGAUUUCAAGUUGCUAGAGAGGGACAACAUGAGAAAGCUUUACUUCUAUUCAGUCAGGCGAUCCUACGAGCUCCUAUCACCGGCAAGUGCAAGACGGUCGAUCGAGGUUACUCCUUGCCUUUGGCGUUACUUGGUAGGGCUGAAAGUUUCAUGGUCUUGAAGGAAUAUCGUCUUGCAUUCGAAGAUCUUGCAUUGGCUGAGGAUUAUGGAUCACCGAUAGAAUCGAGAACUGAACUAGAGAGAAUGAAAGAAGAGUGCAAACGUAUACUGGAAGAAAACGCAAAAUCCGUCGUCCCGUACGGAUCACAGGAAAUAAAUGACAAGCCGUCCGACAUAAAGAUCCGAUCCUAUCGAGAGACAACGAUAAAACGUGAUCUACCAUUGCUAAGCGGCGGCAUUAAUUCAAAGCUGCCAAGUGCGUCGGCGUUACUUGAAAUCCGUGAAACAAAGUUCGCUGGUAAAGAGGCCGUUGCCACUAAAGAUAUUUAUCCUGGGGAUUGUUUGGUCGUUGAAGAACCAUUGGCUGCUUGUCUUUUGCCAGAGUUUUACGGUACUCAUUGUCAACAUUGCUUUUCAAGGUUGAGAGCACCGAUUGGUUGCACCGAAUGUAGUACUGUAGCCUUUUGUGGAAGGAAAUGCAGGGACGUCGCGGUCUCGACAUAUCAUAAAUAUGAAUGCAAGAUUCUGGCGUUAUUGAUAGGUUCCGGUAUGAGUAUACUGAGCAUGGUCGCUUAUAGAAUGAUUACGCAAGAGGGCUUAAUCAGAUGUUUGAAAUUUUAUGAUAUAAUAGAGAAAAAGUUAAUUAAAGAGAACGAUAAAAGCAUGAAUACAGUGAUUAUGGAUAAUGAGCCGAAAUUAAGUAAAUCGGCUAAGAGAAGACUUCGUAAGAAAAAGUUAAAGGAUACAUCGUGUCGUAACGACGAUAAUAUCAUUUCGAAUGAAAAUAAAUCAAAGGGAUCUACGAGCAAUGAUCCAAAUAUGGUAGACGUCAGAGCUUACGAAUUAACCAAUCAUAAUACAAAAAGAUCGGCAUCUGAUUUUCUCGAGAGAUCACUUAUGGCGGCAUUUUUAUUAAAAUGUUUGCAAAGAGUCAAUUUCUUCGAGGAUACCUCUCGCGAUGACGAAAUUCCUAAUCAGAAGGAAAUUAUCGUGGGCUCUUUGCUCUUAAAGAAUCUUCAAUUACUUCAAUUCAAUGCCCACGAAUUCUGCGAGACACGUGUUAAUGCGAAUCAUCGUUUCCGUGGUAGCAAAUCGAUAUAUUUAGGAGUGGCAAUAUAUCCUACGGUAGCUCGUUUCAAUCACGAUUGCUACCCCGCUGUGACGAGAUAUUUCGUUGGAAGGAACAUCGUUAUACGUGCGAUUAGAACCUUGAAACCUGGCGACGUGGUAGCUGAAAAUUAUGGUCCAAUAUUUACAAAAAGAAAUCUCGAGGAACGUCAAAGAACGCUCUCAGGUAGAUACUGGUUUAAAUGCACGUGCAAGGCUUGCAAGGAUGAUUGGCCGCUUUUCGAAAGAAUGACAAACGAUUUGGCUAAAUUGAGAUGUACCACCGAAGGAUGUAAUAGAUUAUAUCGACGAAAAGAAAUUACCGAUAAAACGAUAAAAUGUAUUGGUUGUCAGAAAAGCAUCAACCUCGUCGAAAGACUUAAUUCUUUGCUCGAGUGUGAAGUACUCUAUGUUCAAGGAUUGGAUAAGAUGGAGGAAGAAAAGCCUGAAAGAGCUAUAGAAUUACUGGUCAAAGCCAUAAAGAAGUUUCAUGAGAUAGCUGUACCACCUCAUAGAGACACGCACUUAGCGGAAAUUGCAUUGGGUGCUUGUAUGUCCGACUCUGGAAACACCUGGAGGGUAGCUUAAAUGUAUUAAUGUAUUUAUGUAUGUAUGUAUGUAUGUAUGUAUGUAUGUAUAUAUAUGUAUGUAUGUAUAUGUGUAUGUAGAUGAGAAAACUCGUAUUUGAUAUGAAAACUUUUCGACUAGCUAGAAAGUGCAACAACGAUGGUUGUGAACAUAAUAUGAAUGAAUAUUAUCAUAAAUUUUGCAAUAAUUAUCAUAAAUUCAUAUUAAAGAUAAAACAAUGGAUAUUAACAGACAAUGGUUUCGUACGUAUGUAUAUUAUGGACAAAGUUUUAGGCACUUCCCACUCGCACUAAGUAUGAUAGACAAAUAUCGACAGAUUAAGUGCAUGCCUUAGGUUCCUAUCUACCCAUAUAUAUAUAUAUAUAGGUAUAUAUAUAUACCCCCAUAGAAAUGAUAAUACCAGUACCCGGUUUGUGUCAAACUAUUAAGUACAUAAAUAAUAAAGUACGAUAAAA